GAAGAAGAAGAAGGGAGAAGAAGAUGGGGAGUUUAGGAGCCAUGUUGACGCACCCGGACGAUAUCUAUCCGCUUUUGAAGCUGAAAAUGGCAGUGAGAAAUGCGGAGAAGCAGAUCCCACCGGAGCCUCAUUGGGGUUUUUGCUACUCCAUGCUCCACAAGGUCUCUCGCAGUUUCGCUCUCGUCAUUCAACAGCUUGGUCCCGAGCUUCGCAACGCUGUCUGCAUCUUCUAUUUGGUUCUCAGAGCCCUUGAUACUGUUGAGGAGGAUACAAGCAUUCCUUCUGAUACCAAAGUACCUAUUCUGAAAGCUUUUCAUCGUCAUAUAUAUGAUCGCGACUGGCAUUUCUCAUGUGGUACAAAGGCCUACAAAGUUCUAAUGGAUCAAUUUCAUCUUGUUUCGACUGCUUUUUUAGAGCUUGGAGAAAGUUAUCAAGAGGCAAUUGAAGAUAUCACCAAAAGAAUGGGUGCAGGGAUGGCAAAAUUUAUAUGCGAGGAGGUAGAAACAGUUGAGGACUAUGAUGAAUAUUGUCACUAUGUAGCAGGACUUGUUGGAUUAGGAUUAUCCAAGCUUUUCUAUGCCUCCAGGUUGGAAGAUUUGGCCCCUGAUUCCCUCUCUAACUCCAUGGGUUUAUUUCUUCAGAAAACAAAUAUUAUUCGAGAUUAUUUGGAAGAUAUAAAUGAGAUUCCAAAGUCACGCAUGUUUUGGCCUCAACAGAUCUGGAGAAAAUAUGUGAACAAACUUGAGGGCUUGAAAUAUGAAGAAAACUCGAAGAAAGCAGUUCAGUGCUUGAAUGACAUGGUAACAAAUGCAUUAGAACAUGGGGAAGAUUGCCUGAAGUAUAUGUCCGCUUUGCAAGAUCCUGCUAUAUUCCGAUUCUGUGCUAUCCCUCAGAUUAACUCUCUAGGGACUCUGUUAUACGCUUUUUCCGGCACUCAUGUUUAUUUUUCUUUUCAUUGUGGCUCCUCUCUAGGUCUUACUGCUAAAGUUAUUGACCAAACAAAAACAAUGUCUGAUGUCUACGGUGCUUUCUUUGAUUUUUCUUGCAUGCUGAAGUCCAAGGUGGAUAAUAAUGAUCCUAAUGCCACCAAAACAUUGAAUCGGGUUGGAGCAAUACAGAAGACAUGCAAGGAAUCUGGUUUGCUGAGCAGAAGGAGAUCUUACAUGGUGGACAGCCAUCCAAGGUACAACUCUGCUCUGAUCAUGGCAAUCUUCAUUCUACUGGCAAUCUUUCUCUCUUUUAGACUAGGGCCAUACAACUACAUCUUUAUUGAUCUGUGA